UCCACCGCGCACCACCAGCGCGCGCACCACAUAUCGAUACGAUACGCGAAAGUCGGACGUUCGCAUUUUUUAUUUUGCAUUCAAUAGGCGCCUUCGAACUCCUUUAGAAAGGCUCUCAUCCUUUUUGAUCGCCGUAACACAUCCGUUCUAUAUAAUUAGUCGUUAGAAAACCAACCCAAAGAUGGAAACCAUAUACGACUGGUAUAGAGACCUCAUUGACAACAAAGGCGAUCCUCGCGUCAAAGACUGGCCAAUGAUGUCGUCGCCAUGGCCGACGUUCGCCGCCUGCGUGACGUAUGCGUACUGCGCGCGAGUGCUUGGGCCCCGGCUCAUGGCCAACCGAAAACCAUUCGAGUUUAGGACUGUGUUAAUUGUCUACAACCUUGCACAAACACUCUUCAGUGCCUGGAUAUUCUACGAAUAUUUAAUGAGCGGAUGGUGGGGUCACUACAACUUCACAUGUCAACUAGUCGAUUAUUCAAGGACUCCAUUGGCAAUGAGGAUGGCGAAUACAUGUUGGUGGUACUACUUCAGCAAGUUCACGGAGUUCUUCGACACUCUGUUCUUCGUGCUGCGCAAGAAGAAUGAGCACGUGUCCACUCUCCACGUCAUACACCACGGGAUCAUGCCGAUGUCCGUCUGGUUCGGGCUCAAGUUCGCCCCAGGUGGCCACAGCACUUUCUUCGCGCUGUUGAACACUUUCGUCCACAUAGUAAUGUACUUCUACUAUAUGGUGUCAGCAAUGGGGCCCAAGUACCAGAAAUUCAUCUGGUGGAAGAAGUACCUCACCGCCUUCCAGAUGGUCCAGUUCGUGAUGAUCUUCACGCACCAACUGCAAGUGCUGUUCCGGCCGUCGUGCCAGUACCCGCGCGUAUUUGUGCACUGGAUCGCUCUCCACGGGUUCCUGUUCUUGUUCCUCUUCAGCGACUUCUACAAGGCGCGCUACAACAGCAAGAAGGCCAAGUCGAAGAAGAUGACCAACGGCCUCUGUAUGGCUGUCAUGGACGAGAACAAUCUAAGCGUGAAGAACGGCUACAAGCAAGAGGCUGGUUCGGAGAUGGGAGCGUCGUACGCGUCGUCCGCCGCCGACGCCUUCGUGCGCAAGCGGCCCGUGUCGUAAGCCGCCCGGCGCUGAUCUGAGACUGAUUCCAGAGGGAACCUCACCGCCGACUUCAUCGAUCUUUUGUAAAUAAAUCUCCAGCCUCAGGCUCAGUGAAUCACCUCGGCCGUAUGGACUCGAUCCUUAUGUCCUUUCAACUCACGAAUCCACUCCAGUGGGGUCGGCGAACACCCGAACGCCUACGAUUAGCUUUAAGGUCUCCGAUACCGGGCGCGGAGCCGGAGGGAUGGGGCCGUAUCACAAACGUUUACUACGAG